AUGUAUCCCCUCUUCAGGCUAAGAGCAACAAGGACUGACCACGAAGCCUCUCUUCCCGGGACGCCCCCAGCUCACUCUGGCCUGCCUGCCUGCCUUCCUUCUUUCCAGCAGCCAAAAAAUGAAAAGGAGGAAACACAACUCGGUCCAGGCGAAGGUCGAAAUGGAGUGCGAGCGUUUUCUUGCCAAGAUGACAGUGAGCCAGCGGACAGCAUGUACGACGCGGAGGCCGACCUCCCGGGCUUGGCCGCCGGGGGCUUUUGCACUGACAGUCCCGAAGACGAGGCCGAGGACGGCGUCAUCAACAUGUCUCCCCUGCCCUCACCGACCCCCUCCCAUCCGAACAACAACCACCACCUGCUGCUGCACCCCCACAUGUACAACAGCCACCAUCACCUCCACAACAACAACAGCAGCAGCAAUGACCGGGACUUCACCACGCCCAAGGAAGGCUCGCCCUACGAGGCGCCCGUCUACAUUCCCGACGACAUUCCGAUUCCCGCCGAUCUGGAGCUGCGGGAGUCUUCGGUACCGGGUGCGGGCUUGGGCGUUUGGGCCAAGACUCGCAUCGGAGCCGGCGAGAGGUUCGGUCUGCACAGCAAGGGCAGCUCUUUCGGAUGGGAGAUGAUGAAUGACCACGACGAGUCGUCCCCCGACAGCUGCGUCAAAAAGGUGGUGGACGACAUGGGCAACAUCAAGUUUGCUCUGGACGCAGGCCCGGACAGCCCCGGCAACAGCUGGCUCAAGUAUGUCCGCUCCGCCCCUUCGUUUCAGGAGCAGAAUCUCGCCGCCUGCCACCUCACUGGAGACCAGAUUUAUUACAAAGCAGUUCGGGAUAUCGAUGCAGGGGAGGAGCUUUUAGUGUAUAUGAAGGACGGCAUUUUCCCGGAGGGAUCCAUGGCACCCAAUUUACAAGAUGAGCAAAUGUACCGCUGUGAAGACUGUGACGAACUGUUCUCAUCGACGCUGGAGUUGCGGCGACACCAGAAAUAUUCCUGUUCCAGCGCAGGCUCCAUCUUCGACAGCCUCCGAGAAGACUUCAAACAGGAGCGGGAGGACAGCGACGAGCCCGUCCACGAGUGCAAAGACUGUGAGAAGAUCUUCCCGAAUGAGUACAGUUUGGGCCAGCACAUGAUAGUUCACACGGAAGAGCGGGAGUACAAGUGUGACCAGUGUCCCAAAGCUUUCAACUGGAAGUCCAACCUCAUUCGUCACCAGAUGUCGCACGACAGCGGCAAGCGCUUUGAGUGUGAAAAUUGUGAUAAGGUCUUCACAGAUCCCAGCAAUCUACAGCGUCACAUCCGCUCGCAACACGUGGGGGCACGAGCUCACACUUGCCCCGAGUGUGGCAAAACCUUUGCCACUUCGUCAGGCCUCAAACAGCAUAAGCACAUCCACAGCAGUGUCAAACCUUUUAUCUGCCCUGAUGGGCUGUGUCUUCUCGUACCCUCAGGUGAGGUGUGCCACAAAUCCUACACCCAGUUCUCCAACCUCUGCCGCCACAAGCGUAUGCACGCCGACUGCCGCACUCAGAUCAAGUGUAAGGACUGCGGCCAGUUGUUCAGCACUACCUCCUCCCUAAAUAAGCACCGCCGCUUCUGCGAGGGCAAGAACCAUUACGGCUCUCCGACAGCAAUGUUCAAUCCCGGUAUUCCCAUGAGCUCCAGUCCGAUUAUGGCCAAGGCCAAGUCCCACCACCCUCACCUCCCUGGUCUGAACCAGUCAGGUUUAGGCUUCACAGACUACUUUCCAUCCAGACCUCACCCUCAUGCCGGCUUGCCGUUCUCCCCAGGACCCCACGGUUUCCCGUCGCUCCCGCAUGGUUUCCCAGGCAUCUUUCCUCCGUCGUUGUAUCCACGACCGCAGCUAUUGCCGGCGAGUCCGAUGAUGAAGACGGCCCCUAGCAACAGCACUCAAGAAGUCAAACUGCCUCAGAGUCCUCUUGAUGUCCCUCCGCUGUCUUUCUUGAGCUCAACAAACAGUAAUGGAGGUAACGGUUUAAGUCUGCCCGAGGACAAAGAUACCGAGACCAAACUGGAUUUGUCAUCCGGUGGAGAGGUAAAAACUAAAUCGAAGAUGGCAGACAUUUCAGAUGGCAGCGACCUGGAAGAUGUUAACACCACAAGCGGGACAGAUUUGGACACCACGACCGGUACGGCCUCGGGUGAUGGUUCUGACCUGGAGAGCGACGGCGAUAGCGAACGCGAGCACAAUGGCAAAAGGAGAAAGCCACCUGCGGUCCUAUCGCGCCAUGACGGUCAUCAGUUAGAGGACGCAAACAGUGCGGUGACUCCGGCGGUGUCCAAUUCAGACAACCUCUCCAUUGAGCGUCCUUUUUUGUCUUCGGUGUCGACACAGCCCUCUUUCUUCCCUCCGCCUGAUGAGCAAGCACUUCCACCCACCGCCACAAACGCUAACGCGGCCACCACUGAUUCCAUCAAAGCCAUUGCUUCGAUUGCCGAGAAAUAUUUCGGUCCGGGUUUGAUAGGUCUCCAUCAAGAGAAGAAGAUGGGUCCAUUGCCCUACCACUCCAUGUUUCCCUUCCAGUUCUUACCCAAUUUCCACAACUCCUUGUACCCCUUUAGCACUGAACGAAGCGCCCUCAACUCUGGCCUCUUCUUCAAGGAAGAGCUCAAGUCACCUCGCGAGCAUCUCCACAAGAUGGUUUCUGGUGCACUCGGCACGCCUGUCCCCGCUGCAGAAUCACCGUUUGAUCUCAGUACGAAGCCCAAGGAGACCAAGUCAUCGCCUCCAGCUCCAACGAAUCCCUCAAACCCAAACACGAAUACGGGGAGUAGCAGGGGCUCUUCGGUCAUAUCGAGCGGUGAGGAACAACCGUUGGACCUCAGUAUUAACAACAGAAGCCGAGGAGGUCACAACGGUAUGGCAGCCGAAGCGCAGAAUCAAAAGAACCACAUCUACGGAAUAGGAAAGGGGGUGUCCAUCAAGGACGAAACUCCCAAUUUUCCGAUUCCUCACUCCCAGUCCCUGCACCAAUCCCCAAUUGCGCCGCACCACCAGCCACAGUCACACCAACCGCCUCCUCUGCACUACGCCAAACCUUCCGCCUUCUUCAUGGACCCAAUAUACAGCAGGGUGGAGAAAAGGAAGCUACUUGACCCUGUGGGAGCUCUGAAGGAGAAGUUCCUCAGGCCUUCGCCACAGCUUUUUCAUCCGCAGAUGUCCGCUAUGGAGAACAUGACAGAAAAACUGGAAAGCUUUGGUGCACUCAAACUGGACAUGCCGCCCAAUUCACUGCAACAUUCGGCUCACCCGCUCUUCAGCUUCCGCUCGCCUCCUCCUUCGCUCUCGGAUGCCAUCCUCCGCAAGGGCAAGGAACGCUACGCCUGCAGGUACUGUGGGAAAAUCUUCCCCCGCUCGGCAAACCUCACCAGACACUUGCGAACACACACAGGCGAACAGCCUUACAGGUGUAAGUACUGUGACCGCUCGUUCAGCAUCUCGUCCAACCUGCAACGCCACGUUCGCAACAUCCACAACAAGGAGAAACCCUUCAAGUGUCACCUGUGCAACCGCUGUUUCGGUCAGCAAACCAACCUCGACCGCCAUCUCAAGAAGCACGAGCACGAGAACAUUCCUGUGAGCCAACAGUCUGGGAUGCUUUCCAACUUAGGAACCACCAUCUCCUCGCCAAACUCCGAGCCGGACAAUCAUGCACUUUUAGAUGAGAAGGAGGACUCGUACUUCUCAGAAAUCCGAAACUUCAUCUCCAACAGUGAGAUGAACCAGGCCUCCAGCUCCACGGACAAAAGAUCCGACCCGGUUGAGGAGGAGCACCCGAGUGGCCGCAGGUUGUCCAACUCCAAGCUGGCCCUCCAGGGGCUGGACGAGGAGGAAGAGGAAGCGGAGGGGGACGAUGAGGAGGAAGAGGAAGGCAGCCUGACAGAAAAGUCUCAUGAUGAGGCUCCGGAAUCCCUGUCUCCAGUUGCGACCCGCGCUUAUGAAGAAGAGGAGGACGAGGAAGAGACUACUCCGUUAUCGAUGAGCCACGAACACUCUCGCAGGCUUAUGCAAUGAUGCUGUCUCUCUCCGACAACAACCCUUUGCACACGCCCUCUCAGAACUCUCUGGAUGCUUGGCUGAGCAUGGGAGGCGGAUCGUCCGAGACAAGUAGCUUUCACCCGCUCAACCACAUCUAGACAAGAGAGAAAUGGAAAGGAGGUCGGUGUGGUGGAAAGAGGGAGGAACAGUACCUUGCGUAGAGUAGAGACACACAAGUGGAGUGGACACAAGUCGGCAUGAAGAACGGAGAAUUCAGUGUCACGUGCAUUCAGUGUGUGUAUGUGUGUGUGUGUGGGUGUGUGUGUGCGUGUGUGUGAAAGAGAGCUUGCGCGAGAGCGAGAGGUGUAGAGACUCUAUAAGAAAGCACUGCUAAGUUCCUGUUGAUGUGAAGGACAUACACGACGAAUUCUUUUCGACAGCAUUGAAUCUUUGCCGAUCAUCCCCCUUAAGUGUGCUCCGUCUCACCUAGCCACAGCACAGAGCUGACGUCGACGCUCUGUAGACACUUCAAUGACUUGUAUGUCACGAAAGGCUAUGUGUAGGAUGCCUGGAAGAAGAAACAGAAGAAGGAAAAAAAAAAGUCGCACUGCAGCAUUAAGACUGAAUGUCCACAAGGGGGUGCUGUUUCUCACAGACUGACACUUUGACCUCCGGAUGAAACCCCAAAACAGAUCGCGAGUCGCCGACUGCAGAAUCAAACGGCAACACAACACAGAAUGUGAGUGUGGAAAUUGAGGUUUAUUACUCUCAAUCUGAUUCUCGUGUGCACAGCAAAUGGUGAUUUUAGUGUUUAUUUCCCAACUUGAUCGUGCUGGUGAUUGUUCAAAAUCACACAUCAUUUCAUGUCACUCUUAAAUGUUGUUUGCUUACUUUGUUUUUUUUUUUUCUUCUCUUAGAUACCACAGUAUUGUUUUGUUGUAGGCACCACCGCGCUAAAUUAUUAAUAUAAUUAUUUUAGAGAAGGACCAAAAUUGUAUGAUAAUGUCACACGGUGUACAAAAUAACCUAGAUGUUCAUAUAGGAAGGGUGACAUGUGCCAAAUAACCCGUAGAAAAUGUUUUGUUCUCUGACAAUCAUUUCAUUUCCAUUUUGCUCCAAUAUAUUUUUGAUUUCAGAAGCGUGUGUGUGUAUGUAUUUAUUUUUUGCUUGUUCGCUCAUUCUGUAUGGGGUGGUGGGUGUGAGAAUAAGAAAAAGUCCACUCUCUUCUUUCUUCCUUUUGUUGCUGAAGGAAUAAACACCGGUGAGAGAUUGAGAAUCUCCGGCUUCGGUGUGCCAUAUUGGAAACAAUCCUUGAAAUGUUGUUUUAUUUAUAGUGGAAAGAUAGUUGUAGUUUUAGUGGCACUGUAAUGUCCUGCCAUCUUUAUUUUGCCUCUUGCUUCCGUCCCAUUUCACCUGUCAAAAGUAUUAUUACGGGGAGAGCCUUCACUGUUAGUGUCACAAAAUGACAUUAAACAACCACACAUUAUAAUACGAGUAGAAUCUGGCAGGCAGGCCUGAAGCAUUUGUCCAACCUCAUUGGGGGACGAGGACCCACGAAAGCAAAAGAAAGAAAGUCACCGCCACAACUGGCAGUAGCAUUCUGAUGGUUGGUCCUUCAUGCAUUAAAAAAAAAAAAAAAUUGUGUUUUAAGCAACGGUGGCCAUACCGGAUAUUCUCUUUUUCUUCUUGUGACGUCAAACUCAUUCCAUGUAGUCUACAAAGUAGCAGGAGGGCAUGACUUCUUUUGAACUGUAGAUAGCUGUAGAUAGACAUCUCGGCCUAAUGCUGUAUUUUUCAAGCUAGCACUUAAUGAAACCACAUGGGUCCAAGCCAUACAUCGAUCAGGCUUAGGUCUCGACGACUUACAACUCCCGACAGGAAGGAAAGGAACACUGUGCUUUUCUCUGGCGACACAAGGACUGCUGCGUCAUCUCAUUUUUUUUUUCUAAUGAUACAAAUCUCUCUCUUUCUUGUUUGAUAAAUCGCUUCAUUUAUUUACCUUUAUAAAAUGUAAAGAUGUGGGUCGUCUCGAUGUAGUGAUUCAUGUCAAGUCAUGGACUACUGUAAUAAGAAUGCGCUGUGUAAAGGCAUUGAAGGCAUUGAAGCAUUCCAUUGUUCCCACUUCAGAAAUUAUUCUGGCAGAUGGCCGUCAAGAUAUUGGAACACGGUUGCUGACUCCCCCCACCCCCCUCACUGUUACAGGAGACAAAAAAAAAAAGAUAUUGUUUCUUAUUAACUGUAUAGUAUUUUAAAGAUGGAACAACAAUGGUGCAUUUGUCCGAAGGAAGGAAAAAAAAAAUAAUGGAAAAAUAUGGUUUUAAAUGGAUGGUGCUUGUUUUGUUUGGAUCUGAGUUGUAUACCGCCUAUGUUAUGUUUAUUGAAAACUGACAACAAGGAAAAAAAAAAACAAUAUUGUGCAUGACGUGUUUAGCAGUCAUAAUUAUGUCCAUUUGUGAAUUGUGUAUCAAAUCAAAACAACAACAAAAAAAAUAGAAAUAAAAAAAAAAGAAAUUCGUAGAUGCACUUAUUGUAAAUGUGGUUAGGUUUAGUAGGUUUGACUUCAAGUUCUUGACUGCCUUACACAUUGGGGCAAGUGGCUCUUAAAGAAAUGAAAAAAAGACUUGUGGGAGAAGACGUAAUG